GGGAUUUAAAUGCGCGGGAGCCGCCCCGGUCCCCUGUGCUCGUUCAGCGCUCGGUGCGGGUGGCGGCGGCCGGGCCGGGCUCCCUCGGAGGGGCCCAGGUGAGGCACGGAGGCCUCGGGGUCCCAUCCUGUACCUCCCUCUACCCCUCCGGCCCUUCCUCCCUUAUCCUGCCACCCCUUCUCCCUCCCCUCCUCAUUCCCCUCUAUCCCUCCCUCCCUCUUUCCCCCGGGGCGCCGGAGAAUAAAGCCCAGAGGGCCGGAGCCGGCGCCUCCCGCUGUCCCUGGAGCCCCCACACGGGGCUGGACCCGCUCGGUCGGUCCCCCCAUUCCGGUCCAAUGCACCGCCCGACACCGCCGGGAUUCCGGCUGUCCUACAUCACACUGGGGGGGUUGGGGCAAGUCCUGCUAGUCCGAGCUCAGAAAUAAAACCCGGGGUUUUUUUCUGGGACCGAACUCCGGAGCGCCGUAGCGGAGCCCGGGGAGCGGCGGGGCCGGGACGGGGGCACCGGAGGCCGCUGGGACGAACUCGGAGCCAAGAACAUCCCAAAGUGCCUCCUCACCCUCAUGGACAGCAGGAAUGUCUUCCAUAGCUCCUGUUUGAGAAUGGCAAUGGCUGUUGGGAGCUCUGGCAGGAGCACCUGGAGACCAGCCCAGGCUGCUCCAAGCCCCAUUCAACCUGACCUUGAACACUUCCAGGGAUGGGACAGAGCCCCUUAACAUCUGCCUUGAAGAGCAUCAGGAGGGAAGCAGGGAGGCUGCAGAGGCAUAGGGGACGAUCAUCCUGGAGAGCCACGAGUAAGGACUGAGCCACCCAUCUCCUGUCAUUUUUCCUUGCAAAGAAGAAACAGCUUCAGUCUUCAUCUCAGCUCCUACCUGGAGGCUCCUGGGCUCCAGUUCCUUAUUGUACUCUGGGAUUAGCACCAAAUCCAGGUGAUCUACUGCAGGUGUGUGGUGAGAACACCCCGCUGGAACACUCGCUCUGGGUACUUCUCACUGACCACAAAGGGCUCCUGGAUGAGGACUGGCAGCUUUCCUCUAAGGAACACUUGUGGAUCUUACUCUUGUUGAUAUAAGGCACAUCCAAAAGCUUUUAUUUGGUUUCUCUGUGUUUCACGUUGUGCUGGAUGAUUUCAAAGUCCCAGGCUGAAGACACCCAGGGGAUUGAAGGCAGCACCAAGAUCUUGUAGGAUUGUCUCCAAACAGAUCCCACUGCAAAGAGUGUUUUCCAGCUGGAGGAAACCUCCGUCAGGGAGUUCACACAGACAACACACUUGGAAGGAAUGCCAGGAAGCAAUUGCACCCCAGCAACUGAGUUCAGCUUGGCAGGAUUCAGUGAGGACCCGGCAACUCAGGUCAUCCUCUUCCUGCUCUUCCUGCUCACAUACCUUGUCACCAUCCUGGGGAAUUUGGGCAUGAUCACCUUGAUCAGAGCCAGUGCCCUGCUCCAUUCCCCCAUGUAUUAUUUCCUUGGCAACCUGGCUUUUGUGAACCUCUGCACUUCCACCAUCAUCACCCCCAGGAUGUUGGCUGGGGUUUUGCUGGGGAAGAAGGGAAUCACCUAUGCUGGGUGCAUGGCUCAGAUGUUCACUUUUUGCCUGUUUCUAGUCACUGAGUGUUUCCUACUGGCUGCAAUGGCCUAUGACCGAUAUGUGGCCAUUUGCCACCCCCUGCUCUACCCCCUUGUCAUGUCCCCAGAGCGCUGCUCCCAGCUGGUGACUGGCUCCUACCUCCUGGGGCUGACCAAUGCUGUGGGACAAGCCAUUGGCAUGUCCAGCUUGUUCUUCUGCAGCUCCAGCACCAUCAGUCUGUUCUUCUGUGACAUUUCCCUGCUGAUCUCCCUCUCCACCUCUGACACCACCCUCAGCCUCAUCAUCCUAAGGACUUCUUCAUCUUUGCUCGGUGUUCCCAGCCUGCUGGUGGUCCUGGUGUCCUAUGUGGCCAUCAUCUCCACCAUCCUGAGCAUCAGCUCAGCUGAGGGCAAGCGCAAAGCCUUCUCCACCUGCACCUCCCACCUCACUGCCCUCAGCACCUUCUAUGGGCCGUUGAUUUUCAUGUACUUAAUCCCCAGGCCAGACACCUCCAGGGGAGGAGACAAAUGGGCUGCUGUGCUCUACACUGUGGUGACCCCCAUGCUGAACCCCUGGAUCUACAGCCUGAGGAACUGGGAGGUGAAGGAGGCUUGGAGGAGACUCGGGAAAAUAAAAUGAGCUUGGACAUUUAA